AUCUUGCCCGCGGCACUGCGCUUCGGAAGGCAAGAGCAGGUCCUUCAACUCGUCUCGCAACGGUGAAAGCCUCGUAGACGUCAACUUCGCGCCUGAGUAGCACAAGAAUCGAGGCUUCAAGAACUGUCAGUCAACUACGGGUCGACGUUAGCCACUCCCUUCCAUCACACAGAACGUGACCGAUCUGCUCAGUCCGCCUCACUCAGGGCUGCCACCGCUCAGCGUGCGGGCAUGAGCGGCCUCUCGCCGCGCCGUCGUGCUGCCCAGGCGGUUGCUAUGAACGGCUAUGUCGCAAGCACAGACUUGCCUCCGCCACCUCCUCCAGUGUACGUUCGAGCGUUAUACGAUUAUGAUGCCGACGAUCAUACCAGCCUGAGUUUUCGCCGAGGAGAAAUCAUCCAAGUAUUGACUCAACUUGAGAGUGGUUGGUGGGAUGGUGUGAUCAACAAUGUUCGAGGCUGGUUCCCGAGUAAUUACACUGUUGAAAUAUCGAAUUCCGACGAGCUGGGUGAAGUGGGUGGUGGGCAGGAUGACAGUGAGACUGGAUCUGGGACCGAGGAAGAGUACGACGAUGAGGAGGAGGACUCUGAUGCUCAUACACAAGAUGAAGAUUCGGACUUACCAAUAGAGGGUGGCACUGUUCAACCUCAAGAAGAGGCCGCAUUCUGGGUGCCUCAGGCGACGCCUGAUGGACGAUUGUUUUAUUUCAAUACGUUAACAGGUGUGAGCACCAUGGAAUUGCCUUUGGAAACUCCAACAAGCUCGGAUGAGACUGGGCCUCUUGAUCGCAACAAUUUCCGCGUGCCGGUACAAACGCGACCGCCGCCUGAGAUGAUGGCGGGAGAGUAUGGGCAGAAUGAGGACGAUUAUGAUGGCUCGGCCUCUGAGGCCGAUAAUGAAAGUCAUUUCCGGUCUUUGCGCAAGAAGGGCUCCAUGACUUCUGGUAGUAUCUCGACUUCGACCUCGAUGGAUUCAAUCGAUGUAAGCGCUUCUAGGCAAGCCGGCAAUCAAGUCCACCCUUACGGAUCGCAGGCCAGCAUGUCAAUGGGGCUGCCUCCACUAGGAACGACAGGGACCUCAUUCAGUGUGGCACCGUAUCAAAAGGUGCCUAAAUCGCCUGCACCACGAAACUUCCUGGACGACACAAGUACCGCACCCGUGACUUGGAGUGUCCUAGUUGAGAAUAUGCGAUCUGCAAUUGAAGCAUACCGACAUGCCAUUCGUACUCGCGCACGAGCACACUACGUUCGCAAAGCAGAAGACAUCUCCGAUCACCUUCGCAUGUUACUUGCUGCAGGAUCGGGAACCACUGAUAAUCACUCAGGCAAUCCUUCUAUUAUUUCCACUAAUAAGGCCCUAUAUCCUCAUUUCCGAGAGAUGAUGUCCAAAUUCUCAAAACUUGUCCUAUCUUCCCACAUCGCCACUGCGGAUUGGCCAGGUCCCGACGCCCUUACCAAAUGCCUACAGGAAGCCGAAGGCGUGAUGAACGGGGUGUAUGGCUAUGUGGAAGUGGCAAGACAGCAAAGAGGUGAAGAGAUCCCACGUCUCGUUCCAGGUUUCAUCAUGGGAAGCAAAGUAGGAGGCAAUUGGCGGGACAACAACAUUGACGGACCGAAGAAUCUGGAGGGAACAUCGUUCAUGGAUUCAAGUGACGAGAUUGGACCGCGUCCAUCAGCACCACUUGAUAACAAUCUCUUACGUCGAACGGAAGAUUGCAGGCAGAACUUGUCGGCUGCUUUACGCCGUUUGGAGGAGUCUCUCAAGAUGAAUGAUAAAAUUGUAACGCAUACCAGGCAGUCCACCAUUGGGGAUGCCGUAUGCCAGGCCGCAGCUGUCGUCAUCGAUCAGUUUCGACAGUGGAUAUCACUCAUUGAGUCUAUUGACCUUUCUUCGCUAGGAAGCGUCCUACAAAAACCAUCCUUGGUAGACUUUGGUACGCAAAAGCAGAAGGCAUAUGACACCAUUGGUGAAUUGGUGGUCAAUUGCCAGGCUGUGACAGCACCUCUACCCGAUGAGUGGGCAGAAAUCCGUGGCGAGUCUCUCGACAUCCGCCUAAGCAAUGUACGAGGUGCAUGCAAGCAGAUGGAAUCCCAGCUCUCGAGUAUCGGCAAUGCUUUACAGCUCUUACUACCGGCUUACUCCAUGAGUGCAACAAGCAUGGCAAACAAGAGAGACCAUAGGCUCACAGAUGGUGGCGAAACGUAUCAGAACGCCUAUCUGAGAGCGGACGCGAACCAUGGUGCAAACCUUCGACCUGCGUUGGCGGACAUUGGACAAUCGAAAUCCUAUACAUUGGGUCAAAAUCCUGCUGCCCUGGAGCAGUCCCGUCGGCCUCUGGCGAAGGACAAGGCAAGGCAAUUCUUUGGACAAAUACCGCCUGAUUUGGCCCAACUCAAAACCAACCUCGAUCCGAACUUGUCAUCGGACGAGGUACCAUGGUAUUUAGAACUCGAUCACCUGAGCGAAGUGACGUACGAUACGAGAACUGAACCGCCGGUUGUGAAGAGCGGCACUCUCACGGGACUCGUCGAACAGCUCACUCGCCACGAUCGGGCUGAUCCCAACUUUACCCUCACCUUCUUGCUCACUUACAGAUCUUUUACGUCAGCGUCCGAACUUUUCGAGCAUUUGGUCAAACGUUUCAAUCUACAGCCACCUGCGGGCCUGAAUCGAGACGAAUACUCAAUAUGGGAGGAGCAUAAACAAAAACCCGCCCGGUUCAGAGUGAUGAACAUUCUGAAAACCUGGCUUGAGUUGUACUGGAUGGAGAACGAUGAUGGAGCCAGCAAAGAGAUCCUCGAGCGCGUCAUGGCAUUCGCAAAGAGCGCACAGACAAACACCAACAUCCCAUCGGCGCCAGCUCUUAUCAAAGUCGUCGACCAGCGCUUAAAGGGAGGCGAAACAGCUUCUAAGAAGCUCGUUCUCACACUCACAAACUCGGCGCCCGCGCCAAUUUUACCGAAGAACAUGAAGAAGCUGAAAUUCCUUGACAUCGACCCCCUGGAAUUCGCUCGACAGCUGACGAUAAUGGAAUCCAAGCUCUACGGCAAGAUCAAAGCCGUCGAAUGUUUGGCCAAAACAUGGACGCGGAAGAGUGAAGCAGGCAAAGACGAGACGGGGCAAAACCUGCAAGCCUUGAUCUUGCAUGCCAACCAGUUAACAAACUGGACGGCCGAGAUGAUCCUGUCGCAGGCGGAAGUCAAAAAGCGAGUAAUUGUCACGAAGCACUUCAUUACUAUUGCCGAUAAAUGCCGAUUUUUGAACAACUUCUCAGCGGUAACGGCAAUAAUAUCAGCCAUGGGCACAGCCCCCAUCCUGCGCUUAAGCCGAACCUGGCAGUCCGUCAACCCCAAGACAACAGCAAUGCUCGAGUCGAUGCGCAACCUGAUCUCCUCGUCCAAGAACUUCUCUAAUUACCGGGAGGCCCUGACCGCCGCGACUCCGCCUUGCAUACCCUUCCUAGGCACGUACCUGACCGAUCUGACGUUCAUUGAGGACGGCAUUCCAAGUUUGGUCAAGAACACGGAUCUGAUUAAUUUCACUAAACGCACCAAGACGGCGGAGGUGAUUAGGGAUAUUCAGCAGUAUCAGAACGUGCCGUACUCUCUUCAUCCGGUGCCGGAGUUGCAGGAGUGGAUUGCCGAUCAUAUGCGGAAUUGUGGCGAUGUGCAGGAGAUGUAUGGGCAGAGUCUGAAGGUUGAGCCAAGAGAGCGGGAGGAAGAGAAGAUUGCGAGAUUGCUUUCUGAGUCGGGCUUCUUGUGAGGCGCCACAUCUGAGCCCAAAGCUCCGAUACCAGACAGGCUGGGCUUCUCGGCAAGAUCGCGACGGCACUUCCAUUUCUGCAAGACGGCGACGCGGCAGGCGUAAGCAAACGUACAUUGAGCAUGCCUCCGGUGUGUGGGUGCAUCUGGUGGCUACGGGAAGUUCUUCAUGCUUGGGUACCGGCGCUGGAUUGCAGCUUUCCCGUUUCGGCGCUUUUCGGUGCUAAAGGAAAGGCGCAAUAGUAUUCGCUAGACGGGAGGAUGAUGGCCAUGGCGUCAAUGGGAUGGGAUAGGAAACAGGACAGGAGCAGAUAUGGAUUCUGGGAAAACCUUGCGAAAUAUACUUAUACUCAGUGGCAAUCUUGCUGCUGUUGUCAUGAUAAUACGUCCUUU